UCUGCUCGGCGACACACGCAUCAAAGAAACCAUCUCAAACUCUCCGGCAAGAUCGACGCCAUGGGCUUCCCGGUGAGCUACUCGGAGCUGCUCCUCCCACGCCUGCUCCUCCACGCGCUCCUCCUCCUGGGCCACCUCCACCGCUUCCUCGUCUGGUCCUUCCACGCCGUCGGCCUGGGCGACCUCAUCGACGUCGGCGUCAACGCGCCAUUACCGGCGCAGGACGACGCGCACUGGCACGGGUCAGCCUCAGCCUCGCUGCAGCACCGGCGGCCGGGCUUCCGCGCCCUCCCGGCGGUGGCCGUCGACGAGGCGCUGCCCGCGCUGCGUCUCGACGAGCUGCUGGCGUCCUCCCCGUCGGUGUGCGCGGGCGGCGACUGCUCCGUGUGCCUCUGCGGCGUCGGCGGCGGCGACGAGGUGCGGCGGCUCCCCAACUGCCGCCACGUCUUCCACCGCGGCUGCAUCGACCGCUGGAUGGCGCACGAGCAGCGCACCUGCCCGCUCUGCCGCGCCCCGCUCAUGCCCGGCGGCGGCGACGACGCCAACCUCCCCGAGGUCUCUGACUACGAUUUCCCUUACCCGUCCCCGCUGCCGCUGAUGCCCACCCCGACGCUGCUGCGCCCGCACGAGCUGCUGCUCAACGGCCUGGGCGGCUUCCAGUGAGAAGCAGAGCUUGCGCUGUGACCUGUAGAUAGGCGGCAUGGAGAAACAGAGACGACGAGUACUACUCUUAAUUAGGAGAUUAGGUUGCUAUAUGCUAGGCCGAUUCCAUCUUCCAAGACCGUGGAGCUGUGGAUCUCUUUUUGCAGAUUAAUAAACCUGUUGAGCCAUGAAUCUCGUAUUUUGCUA